UAGCCUCAGGUUGUAACGAAGUGAAAGAGACGCAAACUCUUAAAAAAAGUUCUCCUCUCUCCUCCUUACCGUUAUUGUGUCUCGAAGGGAUAUUGCGCGUCGCUCGCUUCCAAAUAAUGACAGUUUUUUCUGGGUUGGUGUGCACGAGUUUUUCGUUCUCGGGCUUUGAUCGUGCUAUUUUAGUGCAAUAGUUUUAAGUGUGGAAUACAACUCUUGCCGCCUUUCGCUUGUAUUGCAACGAGCCAAUCUAGCCAAGAAUCCAGAUCACAUGGCCUCAACAUGACAUAUUCAUCAUGGAGGCCUCGGCUAAAAUGCAGGCAAGAAUGUCCAAAGUUUGGAGGUGAAAUCCUUAGAAGAUGCCAAGAAAGCUCAAAUCGCAAGAUGGGAAUCCGUAUGAGGUCAUACGGGGCAUGUGGGAAGGUGCUUACGUGUCUCAUUUUAUUCGACUUUUCCAAAAGAAAUUCGGUUUCAGUUGCUUAACGACACAGGAUUUAGAAGAAGCUCUAGUUGAAGAGGAGAGUGUUACACUUGCCGAUAUUUUUGCCAGAUUAUUGCGAUUUGUUACUGGAAAUUUGGAUAUUUUGAUAGCUAACUUUGAAACAUUCUUACGAAAUCUGUUGAUAAAAGAAAAAGCUGUUGUUCCUCGUUUCCUUGAUAAUGGGACUACUUGGCAGGACUUAGCUCCUGAAGAAAAGCUUGGAACACUGAAGUGGCUUAUUGAUCAUGUUUAUCAAGAAAAAGAAGAAGACAUUGCUGAUUUUUUGGAUGAAAAUUAUUCUGCGGACGAUUUGAGAGGCAUUUGUGCUGGACAAGACGCUUUUAAUAAUGUUUACUGGUAUUUAGAUGAUUUGAGAUUAUAUCGUGAAUUUCCCCCUAAGAAGCAAAACAAGAGAGAUUGGGAAUGUGUUUGCUUGACUUUGUCUGACUGGCAAUCUUUUAUCAAGCAGUUUCGCAAAACUUCAAAUCUUCAAGAAAAAGAACUGUAUACCUACUUAAAUUUUGAGUUAUACCCAAUUGUUGAAAUUCAGCUUUUGCAGAAAAAACCUCGCCAAAGUAAAGAAGAAAUAAAUAAAUCCCUCAUAAGGCGGGAGCGAGAAGAUCUGGAUGUCAUGCUUGAAAAAAAGACAUUUCUUGAAUGUAAUAAUGUUACUAAUAAGUCAGAUGUGAAUGGAACUGAUUCUGUUUCUGUUGAAAAGCAUAAUGGUGCAGUUUCCCCAUUAAAAAUUUCUAGUGUAAGUGGAAAUGACUUUUCAGAUUUUUUAGAAAAAAGUGAAGAGAGUGAAAAAAAUUCUACUAUGAACCAUUGCGAUGGUCACCUGAAUAUAAAUGAAAGUGUAUGUUCAAUUAGCAGUAGCUUGGAUGGUUCUACAAUGGACAUAAAACCUAACACUGAGUCCAGCAUGUGCCCCAAUUUGUGCUCGACUUCUUGUGCAACUUCUUGUAACAACAAACAAGAAAGCUGUGUUUACAGUAGCGCUAGUACCACCUCUUGUGAGAAAAAUACAAAUUGUACCACAUCUCCAAGUGCAAUUGCAACUACAUCAGCUAUGUCAUUAUCUCAAGAUAAUGCUCAAGAAGUGCAACAACCUUUGAGUGAUAUUCCAAGUGAUAGCAGCUCUGUUACUAGCAACAAAGAAAAUGCCCCUCCAUCAUCUGGGAACACUACAAGUGAAAUCCCACCUAUGUCAGCUAUGUCCAAUAUGCUGGGGUCCACAUCUACACCUGCUACUACAGCUUCCGUCCAGCCAUUACCAAGUAAUAUGGUCAAUAAGACGUCAUUCCAAAUGGAAACACAGUACAUGCAGCAACAAAGUCAAAUAUUUGUGUUUUCAACAGCACUUGCCAAUAAAGCUGCUGAAUCAUAUUUAUCUGGUCAUUUUCCUUCCAUCAUAGCUUUUCAUUGUGCACAGCCUGGGACUAAGUCUUUUCUUGAAAAAUACCCUUUGAAAGUUCAGCAGUUUAAUCGGCAAAAUCCUGCUGCAUGGUUGAAUUCUCUUGCUCAAAUGAAACAAUCAGGUCGUCAAAUGAAAACUAUGAACCAAUUUCCUGGACCACAUACUUUAAAUAAUCGUUUUCCAGGACCUUCAAGUGGACCAGUUAUGAGUCCAUGUACAGGUUCUUGUAAUAUGCAUAGUCCAGGUAUGUGUUCUACUCCACGUCCGCCAUCAGCUUGGCCUAAUAACUGCACUGGAGCAAAUAUGAUGCCCCCCAUGUCUGGUGAUAUGUGUCAACAAACAUGGUCUGGUCAACAGUUUCCACCUGGAUCAUCUACGUCAACUAUGAAUAACAGAUUCCCUUUGCCCCAAAACAUGGGUGUUAGGCAAAUGGGGCCUUCAGGAAGUCCACUUUUAGGUUGCAUGAAUAAUGCAAAUCCUAAUGUUAGUGGUACAUCUUUUCAAAAUCCUAACAUGCCAUUAAAUCAAGGUCCUGGAGGGCCAUUGACGGGAGUGAAAGUUCCUGAUGAAAAUUUAACUCCCCAACAACGUCAACAUAGAGAAGAACAGCUUGCAAUGAUUAGAAAAAUGCAACAGAUCCUUUUCCCAGAGCAACAGCAAAUGGAACCUGUUCAAGGUGGAAUGGGACCUCAGGGUGGAAUGGGGCCUAACAUGGGACCUGUUCUUAGUGGAAUGCCUUCUCAGCAUGCUUCACAUUCAAGGUUUGGGUCUGGUGAUAUGUGUGUGCAUCCUGGAAUGGAUGCUUGUUUCAGCCCCCAUCAAUCAUGUAUGAGUGAGCAUGAACAUUCUCAUCCACCUUCUGAUAUGUACAUGGGGAAUUCUAUGGUAGGUCCAGGCUUUCCACAACAAAACUUUCCUGGAGGUUCUGCUUCAGCCCAAAUGGAAUGGCAAAAGCUUAAACACCAGUUCUAUGAGGAAAGAUGUAAAAAACAAGUUUGUGGUUCGGUUCCAUUAUCUCAUUCUUUAGUAGAAUCUGAAAUUCAGCAGGCUGCUGCACAACAAGUUCAGUCUAUGCAACCACAACAGUCAAUGUCUCAACCUCAAACUCCUCAGCAGCAGCAAACCAUAAACAGUCCAAGUCCUAGUAUGGGUCUUAGUCCUGGUACACGGAUGCAAGGACCUCCACCUCCAUAUCAUCAAACAAAUAGAAGGACUAUGCCAAGUCCUCAUCCUGCAUCCCCAAAUACUAGCUCACUUUCAUUGCCUUCACCACAUAUGGCUUCAGGAUUACCAUCUCCAGCUGAUCCAUCUAGACAAUUCCCACUCCCUACACCUCCUGGCCCAAGAUUACCUCACCCUAGUCCUGGUCCAACUACACCUGUUGGGAGUAAUAGUUUGCAUACUACUCCUUUAAAUUCUCCAAAACCCCUUAGUACUUCUGGCCCUUCAUCUAAUAGUGGGGCACUCAUCAGAACCCCAACAACACCAUCCAACAAUAAUGCAUCAACACCUACCAGUACACCAACUAGUUCAUGUACUCCUGCAAUAUGUAAUUCUGGCCCUGGUACGCCUGCAAGCUCAUGUGCUUCAAACAGAAAGCAAAGCCAGUCUUGUACUAGUGAUAUCCAAGAUUCUAAUUCUUUAGGUUCUGCAACUACAUUAAAUACUGAAUUUGGAUCUUGUCCAAUUUCAGCUGCCAGUAAUGCACAAGAUCUGUUUUGCUCUAGCAUUCAUUCAUGUAAUCAGUCUUCUGCGAAACAAGAGAGCUGUGCUGGGCAUGGUGGAAUGUGUCCAAAAGAACCAAGUCUCAUGCCUGUUCCUUCUCCUCAACAAAUUCAAUAUCUAAAUGCUUUUGAUGGGCAAGAACUCACCAUUCAAAAGCAACCUAAUACAAGUAUUAGAGAUUUAGAUAUAAUGUCUCCAGCAAGUAUAACUCCUUCCAUUGUCAUGAGUGCUGGUUCUCAUUCUCAGUAUCAGAGUCCAGAGGCAGUGUCCUUUCCUAAUACUCCAGGAAGCUGCCCUUCUGUUUUGGAGAAUAGCCAAGACAGCUUGACUGGCCGUUAUCCCAUAUCAGCACCAGCUAGUAUGGAUGGCAGCAUGCAGCGUUUCACUGCUCCAAGUCCUCAAAUGCCUGCGUUUAAUUCUGGAAAUAGUCAUAUGAUGACGGGAAAUGAUAAUGGCAUGUCAAGAUUUCCGGGUGCUUCAAAUUUAGAUAUUAGGAUGCCUGGACCAGGACCUGUUAAUACUAAUUCUUUAGAUGAUGGCAGUGGAGGAAACAGAUUUCCUGGUCCAGGAUCACAAGGUUCUAUGUUUGGACCUGGUCCUACAAAUAACAUGAAUAUUAUGCCACGCUUUCCUACUGGUGUUUCUGAAUCUAUGCAGAGAUUCCGUGGUCCGAGUCCUCAUGGCAACAUGGAUAUGGUUCAAUCACGUUUUAUGGGCCCAAGUCCCCAUAUGUCAUGCAUUGAGAGCAUGCCACAAUCCUCCCAAAUGAAUAAUUUAGGGCCUGAUACUGUACCCCACAUACCUCCACAAUCGUUUCCUAAUUCAGCUCAUACAAUGACUUCAAGCAGUAGUCCUUGUGUUGGUAGUAACUUUAUGGUUGAUGGGAAUUUACCUCAUUCCCAUUUACAAAAUUUGCAGAAAAUGACACCUCCUUUUGAAAGCAUUUCAGGAAACAAGAUACCUCCUGAAGUUAUAUCACCGUUAGGGCAAUGCUCAAAUUCAUCAGCUAAUGGGUCUAAUAUGAGUAUGCCAUCUUAUGAUGGUUCAAAUUCUUUAGUAUCUACUCCUCAAGUAGGUCCAUCUCAGCGGCUCUCUCAUUUUGAUCCAAUUGCAUCAAUGGCAGCAAUGAGUGAGUCAACAGUUCCUUUAGUAUCUGCUGCUGGAAAUGCUCAAAAUUCUCAGAACAUGAUUGCACCUAAUAUGAAUAUGCAAGUCCCUGGAAACACAGGAAAUUCGAAUCAGCCUAAUAUGAUGAAUUUCCAUUCUAAUAUGCAAUCAAUGCAAAACUCUUCUGCAUGUUCUAUGCCAAAUCAGCGUCCGCAGUUCAGUGUCCACAAUCAAAUGACUCAUAAUGCUGGAUGUGGAACACAAAAUGUAAAUAGUUCUUAUGUCAAUACAACCAUGCCUAUCCAGCAAAUGAAUUUGCAAAACGUUGUAACAACGGCAUAUAAUCUUAAUGCACAAGAUCCGAAUAUGAAUUCUCAUCCAAUGCAUGUUGGUUGCCAGGGUAACGGUGCAAGCACAAUCAGUUGUUCUGUGACUACUAACCAUCCAAUUAUGCAUACUGCUGUUACUACAAGAACAAAUUCUAAUGUAGGAAUGCCUGGACCAAGGCAUGGGCCACAAAAUUUUCCAGGUCAGCCAAGUGUACAGAGGACUGUUUCUCCAGCUGGUUCAGGUUCUCCUACUAUGAUGGGAAGAGCUCCAUUUAAUUCUGCAAAUGUUCAAGUCAAAGCAGGUGCUCCAAACACAAUACAAUACCUACCUGCACGCCAGCAAAAUGCUACUUCUGUACCUGGACGUGGUCUGGAGUUCCUCCAAAGGUAUGCUGCCCCAUUAACAAAUCUUGAUAACAAGGUACCAACGCACAAUCUUCAAUACUUUCCCAACAGUGGAGGUUCCCAUCCGCCAGUGCCAUAUGGUGGUGUUGGUAUGAAUUCAAAUUCACCAAAUAUGGCACCCAAUAUGAUGAACAAUCCAAGGCCUGUAAAUAUGAUGAUGGGACCUAUGAUGAGGGGAGCUAGUCCAAAUCCUAGUGGUCAAAUAUUCCCUGGUCCUAUUGGUUCUGGUCUUCCUAAUGUUGAACCAGCUAUGUUUGGCCGUCCUCCUUGUCCAUCUGUUAACAAUCAAAUGAUUCCUAUGAAUGCAAUGGGUGGGGGUCAAAAUGUUGGUAUGUUUCCAAAUAAACAAAUGCCAUUGCCAAUGGGUGGGAUGGCUCCUGAUACUACUCAACCAUUACCUCCUUCCAUGGGCCAGUCAUUCAAUUAUAAACAGUCUCCAUUUUAUGGUCCCACUACUGCUGAUCCUAAUUAUGCUGUACAGUUUCAUAAUUUCCAACAACAACUUUAUGCUACAAAUACAAAGGGAAGUCAGAUGAAUUUACAAAAUAAUAUGACUGGACCAGGCUUUUUUGGAACUAAAUGAAUGUAUCUGAGUUUUAAAAUGCUGUUGGUGCCAUUUUCAGGUGUUAUUUGAAUGAACUGUGUGCUGCUAAAGAGGUGGUUGUGUAGAUAUCUACGCCCCUUUUUACGUUCCUGCCACUGUGGCUUUAUUCUUGUAUUAUUAAGGACAAAUAAUAGUCAUUUGUUGUUCAACUUGUAAAUAAUUUCACAACAUUCUGUAGAUUAAAUCUUGUACAGAUUCUUUUAUUGUUUGUAUAUAAAUUUCUUCGCCAUUUGUGUAUAAGCUCACAUGUUAUUUUAUUGUUCUAAAAAUAUUCUGUUAACUCACUGUGGAGUGUCAAUUUGCUCAAUAUGUUUUAACUGAAGUUUUGACUUCACAACACAACUAUAGACUCUGAAAGGUGGUUAAUUAAUAAAAAAGGAAAGAAAUAUUGUUGCUUUUAAUGGAGCAUGAAACUUUUUCUGUCUGCAUAUUGAUUUCAAAACAUCAUUGAGUACCUGGUUGAAUGCUUCAUUCAAACCUACUGUUACUUCAUAUUUUAUUUCAGACAAUCCUCAAGAAAACAAGUUACUUAUAUUUGUGCCAUUGUGACUAUAUGUCACUCUUUAUAUAUUUUUUAUUCUGUACAUAAAUGUCUGUUAAUUUUGUUCUGUGAUGAAGAAAUUGUGUUGUAUAGAUGCAUCUCUCCUUUGUAAUUGUGUCAUGCAGUUUGUUAUUUUAUUUGGGAACUGGACUGUUCUUAGGCCAGGCAGUAGUCUUGAAUCUUUUUUGUUUGAUUUAUUUACUACCUCAUAGCAAGUCAGAUAAAUAUACUUACACAUUGUUAUUAUUUUGUCUCCCUAAAGUCUACUUCAGACAUGGAAAUAAAAUAACAGUCUUGAAAUUUAUUUUUGAAUUCAUUCAUUUUAUAUAUAUGUCCCCCCCCCCCCUCCUUCUUGCUUCCUGCAAUAUUUUGGUUUCCCAUCUAAUGUUAUUAUUUUAAAAUUUUAGUUAUAUCAUUCUGCAAUAAUUUAUGAUCAGAUUCAAAGUACUGCUUUGUUGAAUUUAUAAACCAUCAUUAUAUUUUAAAUGCUUCUUAAGAAAUAUUUUCUCUCUUGAAAUGAAUUUUAUUUAUUAUUCCGUAUAAUAAGUGUUAAAAAAGAUUACAAUGUAUAGUAUAAAAUUCUAUAUUAAAAAGUUAAAAUCGGCUUGGAAUUUUAAGAAAUGUAUAUAAAGGUUGAUUUAUGUAAGACACUAAUUUUUUAUUGAUCUUUUUUUUCUGAUAAAAAGUUAUAUUAAAUUAUUCUGGAAUACUCAGAAGCAUGCAUUACCUGUUUUGUAUAAAGCUAUAAUGUUUUAAAGUUAUUUUAAAUAUAAUUUUUAUUUUAAUAUAAAUAAGUUCUUAUAAAAGCAGACAUUUUGAUUAUUACCCUUGUAUUUAAAUAUGCUGUGCAUCUUUCAAGUACUAAAAUUUAUAUUUUUUAUUGGAAUUUUGAGAAAUCUUGUUUACAGGCAUAUUACAUGCAAUUACUAUCAGAAGCAUUUGGGGAAUUAUUGAAUUAAUAUUUUAUUUUAAUUAAUUAUUAUGUAAUAAUUAUAAAUAAUUCAAAUAAGACAAAUUACAUUAUAAGGUAAACAUUUUAGUAAUUAUUUUUUCAGUGCAUCUUUGCAAUUCAUCUUGCUUGUUAAUGCUUAUACUUAAAAAUGCUUUGGUAUUGCAUUCAGGUGAAAUUAAUUUUUUUUCGUCCUCUUAUUAAUAUCCAUGACAGUUAAAUAUUAGUUACAUCAGAAGGGAUGCCAUCCAACUUUUGUUUUAGUAUGCUUUUGCAAAUUAAAUAUAGAAUGUAUACAUCAAUUAUAUUGGUUAUUUCGUACUUAAAAAGGCUUUCACGGAAAAUAUAUAUUUAUCAUUGAGUCAGCAAAAAUUCAAAGCCAGUUUUCUGAAGUCACAGCAUAAACUUUAUUUUUAAAUUUUAUUUGUUAUACUUUUUCAAAUUUCAAAUAAAGUAUUUUUUAACUAAGUAAUUUAAAGUGUCUCAAUUUUAUUUGCUGGGUCUAUAAAGAUCCUUGGAUAUAAUUCACCACAUUAAUUCAUAUUAUAAAUAAUAAUAAGCUUUACCAGAGAAUAGUGAACUACUUCAGUGUUCCUGGCAAAUACAAUGCUUAAUGUAUCUUCUUAAAUUAAUAUACAUUGUCUGUAUUUUCAAAAGGAAAAAAAGCCUUAAAAUUAAUCUUCCUCCUCAUAAUACUUCUUCAGUUAUUGAGUAUUACUACUUUUUAUUAAAAUCCCUCUUCUCGGUUAUACAGUGUAUAUUCAGUAUAUAUGCAAUAGAAAGGGUAGAUUGUAAAAGGUUAUACAGUUUUAAGAUACUAAAAAUUGCAAAAUAUUCAACUUUUUCACAUUCAGUAUGGCUAACAUUUUGCAAAAAAAUCUUUUGGGAGUAAUUUUUCGCAUGUGUAUUUAGGUUAGCAAAAACUUUAUACUUUAAUUACAUUUUUUUUGUUGCUGUUUAUAAUUUUGUUUGUUUUUCGGAAGUUUCACUGUUUAUUUUUUUCUUUGUUGUCUGUUAAUACAUAAUUUACAAUAUACACUUUAUGAAGUGUAAGCAUGCAUCUACAUAUUUUCUGAUGUAUUGAAAAACAGUUACGGAAUCUGCCUUUGUUGAAAUGAAUUGCAUUACAUGGAUUGAAAUUUCAUUUUAAUCAUAUGCAGACUGAAAAUAUUGUUGAUAUUAUAACUUGCAGUAACUAUGUAAAGUUGAUUACGUAGGUAAAUACUAUAUUAAUUAAAAGUAACUAAAGUACUGAAAAAUAGCAUCAUUUCAACCUUGAUUUUAAUUAUUUGUAUGAUAAAUUCAUAAAUUGUGUUAUAAAAUUUGAAUUUGGCAGUAUGUAUAUUAAUUCUUAAACUGUGGAAAAUUUAGCAAAAGAUGUGUUCUGUGUUAUUUUAUAUAAUUUGUUAAUCAUUUGUCUGUCGUUGAAAUUUUAUUUAUCUAGCAUCGAACUCACGAUUUUCUAAUGUUUAUGAAAACUUUUUUAAAUGUCCACUGGCAAUUUGUUAUUUUUUAAAAGUCGUUCAUGAUGAAUUUUGUACUUAUGAAAUCUAAAUUAUGAAUUUAUGUAAAAAGUAAAAACCAUCUUUCUUGGAAGUAUAUAAUAAAAACGUUUUUAUUACCGAAACUAUCAAGUUUUAUGUUUAGUUUUCCAAAAAAUGUUCUUAUUUCUUCUUACAGUAUUUGCUAGCAAUUUAAAACAAGUCUUUCAUUUCCACUAUGGUAUUUAUGCCUUACAAAAUGGAUGAUAAGUGUCUUUAUUCAGUAAGGUGAUUCAUAUUGUUUUUCAAAAUGAUGAGAGUUCAAAAUUAAAUCUUUUAGAAAAUUUCAUAUAUCAUUUCAUACUUAGUUUAUUAAUUUUUUUUAUAAACAUAAAAGCUAAUUUUCUCUGUUGAUAUAUCAUUUAAACUUGCUUUUUAAUUAAUAUACAUAUGACAAUAUUGUGUUAUUUCUUUCCUUUGUUUUCUCCCCUUAAAUUAUGAAGUCAGAUGGUAUUAAUUUUCAUUAUUUACUAUUAAUACUCCACACUUUAUUUCAAUUUUGAGUUAUUUAUUAUUAAAUUUUAAGGGAAAAUAUAUGCUUCAUUAAUAGAUUGGAGGAAGAAGUAUCUCAAAAUUAUCAAUCACUUGAAACCGGUGAUAUUUCUGCCAUAAAGUAAUUAAAGAAUUGGAGUAUGUGAAGCCUCGGAUCCAUAAGAAUAUUUAAUAGUGGUACUGGAAAGAGUGCUAUUUAAAAUACUCUGGAUUUUGUAAGAUCAAGAAUUAAUUGCUUAAAUAACUUGCUUCACUUUGAUGUUUUGAUUCCUCUUUUAAAUUUCCUAUUCUUUUCAGAAGUUUUAAAUGAAAUUUCUUUUUAAAAUGUUAUUAGUAUUUUGAUAUUUGAUGAAUUGAAUUUUAAAACUUUUGAGAGUUUAAGUGUAUGAAGGCAUUCAAGAUAAUCAGUUUUGUGUGUGUUUUCUUAAGAAAUAAAUUUGUUCUUAGAUAAAUUCCGAAUUGUUUGUCGCGUGACAAACUUCGUUUCUCUACUGCUUUACCUCAUGGGAGAAUAGUAAGUUUUUAACGUAAUGAAGGGAAAUUUAUGUAUAGUUUCAUACAUUUUAUUAUUUUUUUAACUAAAAAUUAUUUGUUCCUUUGAAAAGGAAAUUGAAUUAUAUAUAAGUAUAUCGGAAAAAAAAAAAGCUAAAUUGAUGUGUCUUACAUGAAUUAAUCCUUAAUCUGGAAUAUUUUUUAUGAAUUUCAUUUUUUAAAAAUUUUAUUCUCUUUUAAAAGUAAAAUCAUGAUUUAAGUUUUUAAUGUACUUUUUAAAGAAUAUUGUCGGCUGUUCCUUGUGUAUAUUUCGCAUGUUUUCAUUAAACUUCCCCCUAACUUGUUCACAUAUUUAUACAUAAUUUCCUCCGAAUGUGUUUAUGUGUUUUGAUUAUAGCGGUUUUUUCGACUAAUUGAAAUUCAUCCCGUGUAGCUUCAAAUGUGUGUUGGGUGUAUUAAUGUUAUUGUUACUUAAUAAAUAAAUAAAUUUGUUAAGAAUCUAAAAAAAUUGUAGGCAAUGUUAUCAAUUCUAUUUUCAUAAGUAGUAUAUUAUAAGCAUUCAAAAACAGUCAUUUUCGAUUAUUUGAACGUUUUCAAGAAAAUUUUGAUGUUUCAUUUCGAAUGUCGUCUCUUUUUUUCGAUGGUAAGUAAUACUUUCGAUCCUAAUGAUUAACUUAAAAAAAAUUCGUAAUAAAUUUUAAUUUUGUUUUAUGAAAUAUUCAUUGAUUUGCAUUAAUUUUUAUGAAAACAAAAGAAUCAAAAUCCGUGUAAGUUAAAUUCAAAACUAAAUAAAUUCUUCAUUAAUGCUUUUUUUUUAAGAUAAUGCAUAAAUCAUUGUAGUGAUUUGGAAUUUGUAACUGACUCUUCUUGCUCGGUUUUUUUAAAAUACUUAGUUUGAUAAUGAAUAAAGACUUUAAGACAUUGCACUAACAGUUUUAAAAUUUUAUUUUUUUAGGCAUUAAUUUUGGAUAAAAUAAGCAAAACUAGUAAAAAUUCCUAUGAUUCCUAGUGGAUAUAAUUCAUUUUAGUACUUUCAUAUUUUACUGAUUGCUUUUCACUUUCAACAAAACUACAAAAUUCGCUUGUUUGAAAUUACGCGUUUAUUUCUUACUUUAUUGUUUUAUUUUCAUAUAACUUUGUUUGAAAACUUUGAUUAAAGUAGUCGAUCUCAAAGUCAACAAUGAUACAUUUCUAAGAUUAAAUAUAUCAGGCUUCAAUGCUUGCUACAGUUGAAAAUAAAAUUUACUAAAAUUAUUAUCGCUUAUAUAAGUAUAUAUAAGUAUACUGUGUAAAACUCAUAGCAGAGAACGUUUAAUUUAAACUUAUGCAUUAUUUUUUUUUUUUUUUCCAAAUUGCAAUGUUCAUCGAAUUAUGUUUUCUUUCAAAGAGUAAGAUUUCUCCCUACAUUUGUUCUUCCUUUUACAUUGCAAUUGAUUAAUUUUGUAAUUUGGCAAUUAAACGUAUAUUGCUGUUCUUAAUUUUGAAACGUUUCUGAUAAACUAGUUUUUAAAAAUAUAUUUUAUAGCUUCUUUUCUGUAAACCACUUGCAUUAAUACUUUUUGUCGAAAAUGGUUUUUAUAGCAUGUGAGAAAAUUCACCUAUGUAUGUAUAAAGGAUAAAAGUUUUAUUCAAGAGUCAAAGAAUAUUUUAAAAUUGAAAUUAAAUUUAUGUAAAAAAAAAAGUCCCGGUGACGAUUAGAAAUGUGAAAUGAUGUAAAAUAUUUGAAUGAAUAAAAUUAAUUGAUAAGAUAUUAAAAAUAUAUAAUUUAGUUCUGACAAUCACUCAUUAGAAAUAAAUUAUUUCAAAAUAAUGUUGGAAUUACAAAUUAUUUUUUUCACUGUAAAAAUUUUAAGAAUUUAAAAUAUUUGAAGCUAUGUUCAAAUGUUGUCUGAAGUAUAUUUUUGAUAAAUUUUAUACUUCUCAUUUGACAUCCGAAAAUGUAA